CAGAAGUUCUUCAGCUUUCCAUUUUGAUUUUGCAUAACCGAUAUGUUGGUUUGUCACGCUAAGGUUUCCCAUUGAGGUAACUUUUUUUUUUAUUAUUGAAUUAAAAGACCUGUUCGACAUGUAUGAAAAAAAAAUUUAAAGGACCUUGCUUUUCAUCGAGGAUAUGAAAAGAAGUAAUAAGACAGGUUGGAUAUUCAACAAGCUUACAGAGAUUUCUUAAAAUCAGUUAAGAAUAACUUGUUGAUGAAACAUAAAAUACAUGUAUAAUUCAAGAAUAAUUAAUAAUCUUCAGUUAAUUUACUUAUGGAUAAUAAAUAGAAGAUUCAUUGUUCUAAGAGGAAAAGCCCAAGAAGGAUUUGAUAAUUUUUCAGCAAUUGAGAGAAUAUUGUUACUGCAUGCUGUCCGAUCCUUCUAAUGACAUGUCAUUUAGUUACAAAAAUCAAUAUUACGUUUACGUGCACCAAGUAUUGAAAAGAGAUAAGCUUCGUUAUUCUAAUAAUAAAAUAUCAUCGUUCAUUUUCCAUGGAAAAGGAAGAUUCAGUUCUGCAUGUCUUGGCAAGUUGGUGUGAUUGGAUUCUCAUCUCCAAUAGCAAGUGUGGUAGAAGCCUGUCCAAGCUUCCAGGAUGAGUUAUCCAUUAAUGCUGUUCCCAAAUUAGCCUUAGGAUUAACAUGGGUAUCCCUAUUGAACACCUAUAAUCUAAUUUAAUUCAACGUAAUUUCCCAGUUAACUUGGGAGAGUUAAGCCUUUAGCUAGAAAAAAAGCUCACAAAAGCCAUCAUUGGAACCUUUCCAUGGGAUGAAACUAGUUUAAUAUAGUCGACUGACUCCUGAUCAAUGGAAGGUUGGUUCAUAUGGUAGAUUUUAGUUUGAAAAGGAGUAAAUAAAGGUGGCAAUUAUAGAAAGAGCUAGACUCCAAAAUGGGCACAAAUCCAAAGUCCUAAGAUGCUAUCCCCUUUCAAGCGCAUUAACCCCCAAAAAUGUAGCUAGUGGCUUGUCACACUACCACAUCCCAAGCCACCACCUUCUUCCCCAACACUAGUCUUCACCACCACCUUCUUUUGAGGUCCACACCACCACCAAAGCCCUAAACUCUUCCCAUGAAUGUUGUGGCCCCUCCCCUCCUCUUCCAUCUUUUCCCCUUCUCUUCCCUCUUCUCUAACCUUUAUCUACUUAAGUCUUCUUUUUCCAUCUCCAACCCUAAUGGAAGAGCCUUACGUCUCAAAUUGCCACAACCUCUCCCUCUCCAUCCUCUCCCCCACCCACAGCCCCACAACUCCCCCUCGCAAAACCCGGGGCGAGGCUUCACUUGACUAUGACGUCGUCGUCAUCCUUGCUGCGAUGAUCUGCGCGCUCGUCUGCGCGCUCGGCCUGAAUUCCAUGCUCCAAUGCGUUCUCCGAUGCACUCGCCGUGCCCUCACCGAGCCUGUCGGAUGGGUUGCACACCGCCGCAUGAAUGCCGGCCUCAGGCGCGAGGACGUCAUUGCACUCCCCGUCGCCACCUACAUCGCUCCACCGCCGCCGUCAUCGGGCUCGCCUGCUCCACCACCACCUGGGUGUGCCAUCUGCCUAUCGGACUUUGCUAACGGGGAGAAGAUCCGGGUGCUGCCGGCAUGCAGCCACCGGUUCCACGUCGGGUGCAUCGACACAUGGCUCCUGUCCCGCUGCUCCUGCCCGACUUGCCGGCACCGCCUCUCGUCCCACAGCACUGAUCCUCCUCUAGAGAUCGCAAUUGCUCCAUGAUGACCACUGACAUGAUAAGCCUGUGAGAACUCUUGUAGCUCUGUAUGUGUCUAGUUCUCUAAAUAACUCUGUGUUGACGUUCUUGCAUAACUCUUGAACUGGUAGUGCCUGUAAACACUCUUUUGAGAGUAGUUGUCAGCAUUUCAAUAGCCUAAA